UGUGCCGAGCCACUGCGCCGAGAGUCUAAAAUUAUCGGGUAACCCGCGCGCGCGCGGCCGAAGGAGGAAGAGAGAAAAGAAUAGAGGCGCGGUAGUCACGGCGUCGCACCGCGGAACGGACAAGGACGGUCCGUAACGUCGGCGGAGGGUUGGCGGGAGGAGGCGGCAUCGCGGGAUAGAGGGAGACGGUACAUCGCGCAAAACCAGGUGCCUGGACGACGGAGGCUCGCGACGACGAGGAAGACCCGAGGUAGCCGAGACAGUGGGAGCGAGACGAGAAAUCAGAGCGAGCGAAAGUGAGAAGAAGAAAGUUGUUAAGGAGCGAGAGAAAGAAACGGAGUAGCGAGAGCGACAAAAGGGAAAGGUGGGCGUCAGACAAGGAAAGCUGAGAUCGCCCGACAGAGGGAGCGAGCGGAAGAGAGACGAAGUAGGCAAGUGUGUAGUAGGAGUAGUCGUAUUUGUUAUUACGAGCGUAGUUGGAGGAGAGGGGAAAGUGGGGAACGAAAAGGUGCGCACUUCGCGGGGGAAAGAAAGAGAGAGAGAGAGAGAGAGAGAGAGAGAGAGAGAGAGAAAGAUAUAUAUAUAUAUAUUAGACGGAGUCAAGCGACCGGUGCUGAAAGAGAGAAGGUAAUAAUAGUGUUAUUGUAGAGCAACGAAGACAACAUGAGCUAAAGGAAGGAAUAGACUCCUGCGUGAAGUCAAAGCGAGACGAACGGAGAGAGAAGGAACGCGAAAGCAUAGAGCUCGGUGGAGCCGUGAGUGGGAGGGAGCCGACGGAGUCGGGAUAGCCAUCGUCGGACCGACGACGUGUCAUCGAGAGAGAAGGUGCGAGCUCCAGGAGCAGCAGGAGAAUACGUUAUCUAACACCUAGACUCGAUCGGACGUCGCGGGCUCGAAAGAACCACGCGCGCCGACGUCGUUUCUCUCUCUCUCCCUCUCUCUCCCUCUCUUUCCAUCUCUUUCUCGCUCUCUCCAAUUCUCCCACCCUCUCUCUCGCGCUCCCUUCCCCAUCGUCCGUCAAGCGUCGCGCGCGCGAGACAUACCGUCGUCGGUCGUCGGAGCCGUGUGACAGCUCCCGCGUGCGGUCUCCACUCUCCGUACCGAGUUCGAUCGUCGUCGGAAUAGCGGAACGAACCGCGCGCGCGUAACCCGAGAGUACAGAACGCGGCAUCGUAAUCUGACUGAGGUUCCGGGGAGGCCGGCGUCAUCCUCGGUGACGAGCCGCCCGCGGAGUGGCACGGGACACCGUCGACGCUGUCGGCGAGUCGAUUCAACGUCAAUCGGCCGGUCAGCGACAGUAACAACAGCAGCAACAGCCAGUCAGUAGCAGCGGCGGAACCAUGGCGGAUGACCAGGAGAACAACACGUGCGAGGACUCCCUCGGGACCGGCGACACUAAUACCGCUUUCGCCAAGAAAUUGCGGGGCCGGAAGGGCGCCCUCAAGAAGAAGAAUGUCUACAUGGUCAAGAAUCACAGCUUUAUGCCCCGAUUCUUCAAGCAGCCCACCUUCUGCAGCCAUUGCAAGGACUUCAUAUGGGGCUUUGGGAAACAGGGAUAUCAGUGCCAAGUCUGUAGUUUCGUCGUUCAUAAACGAUGUCACGAAUACGUGACCUUCACGUGUCCGGGGGCCGACAAAGGAGCUGACUCCGAUGACACGCGGACGAAGCACCAAUUCAAGCAACACACCUACAACAGCCCCACCUUCUGUGACCACUGCGGUAGUCUUCUCUAUGGUGUCAUCCACCAGGGCAUGAAGUGCCAAGCAUGCGACAUGAACGUGCACAAGAGAUGCGAGGAGAGCGUGCCGAAUCUAUGUGGAUGCGAUCACACCGAAAGACGUGGUCGUAUACACCUGCACAUCUCAUGUGCCGGUAGCAAGCUGUCCAUACAAGUGCGAGAGGGACGAAAUCUCAUUCCGAUGGAUCCAAAUGGGUUGUCGGAUCCCUACGUUAAGCUGAAGCUAAUCCCGGAUUCGGACAACGUGAAGAAGAAAACAAAGACAAUCAAGUCGUGCUUAAAUCCAGAAUGGAACGAGACAAUCAUCUUCGACCUCAAACCCGAGGAUAAAGAUAGACGGCUGUUGAUUGAGGUAUGGGAUUGGGAUCGAACAUCCAGAAACGAUUUUAUGGGAUCCCUAUCUUUUGGCAUAUCGGAGCUUAUUAAAGCACCUUCAAGUGGGUGGUACAAGCUCCUUACUCAAGAAGAGGGAGAGUUCUACAAUGUACCUGUUCCUGAGGAAGGCGUCGAUCUUGCCGAACUUAAAACAAAAAUGCGGAAAACUUCGGUAACGAAAAAGACACACACUACCCAGGAUAAAGAUGUGCCGCACAACAUGGGCAAGAGCGAUCUAAUUCGAGCUAGUGACUUCAAUUUCUUAAUGGUACUUGGCAAAGGCAGUUUUGGAAAGGUCUUACUGGCGGAGAGAAAGGGGACCGAUGAGCUGUACGCCAUCAAAAUCUUGAAGAAGGACAUCAUUAUACAGGACGACGAUGUGGAAUGCACAAUGGUCGAGAAACGUGUACUCGCGCUCUCGAGCAAACCACCUUUCUUGGUGCAAUUGCAUUCUUGUUUUCAGACGAUGGAUCGCCUGUACUUCGUGAUGGAAUACGUGAACGGCGGCGAUCUGAUGUACCAAAUACAGCAGUGUGGCAAAUUUAAAGAGCCGGUGGCAGUAUUUUACUCAUCUGAAAUAGCGAUCGGUUUGUUCUUCUUGCACUCGCGUGGCAUCGUCUACCGCGACCUCAAGCUCGACAAUGUCUUAUUGGAUCAGGACGGUCAUAUAAAAAUUGCGGACUUCGGUAUGUGUAAGGAAGGCAUCACCGGUGACAAGACUACCAAGACUUUCUGCGGCACACCUGAUUACAUAGCGCCCGAGAUUAUCCUAUACCAACCUUACGGGAAAUCUGUGGACUGGUGGGCUUACGGUGUAUUACUCUACGAGAUGUUAGUAGGUCAGCCACCGUUUGACGGCGAGGAUGAAGAUGAACUUUUUUCUGCGAUUACGGACCACAACGUCAGUUACCCGAAGAGUCUGUCUAAAGAAGCCAAAGAAGUUUGUAAAGCGUUCCUCACAAAGAAUCCGAGCAAGAGAUUAGGAUGUGGAAUGCGCGGCGAGGACGAUGUGCGAAGCCAUGCAUUUUUCCGGCGUAUCGAUUGGGAGAAGAUAGAAAAUCGCGAGGUGCAGCCACCCUUUAAGCCAAAAAUUCAACAUCGCAAGGAUGUGAGUAAUUUCGACAAGCAAUUCACCUCGGAGAAGACAGAUCUGACACCUACGGAUAAGCUAUUCAUGAUGAAUUUGGACCAGACGGAAUUUAUGGGUUUCUCAUAUCUCAAUCCAGAGUUUGUGCAACAUGUUUAAGCAAAUAUUUUUUUCUUAGACAUAUACCCAUUCUUCACUUCAUUCCUCGUCAUUUAUCCUCCUUUUCAUCACUCAAGACUCUCUUUCUCAUCUUUCUCUUUCUAUCACUCUCUAUGAAUUUCUUUCUCUUUCUUUCUCUAUCUCCCUAUCUUUGAAUAUUGCUAUAGUGUUUUCAUGACAAAAACGAAACCCUAAAACUCUAUUAUUUUUGAAUCUCAUUGAAUUUACACGAUAUUCUUCGAUGUAUUUCGAAGCGAUUACUGACCGUGUAUUGCGUUAUUUAUGCUGUAAAGGAUAUAAAAAAGAGAAAAGAACAUGGCGUAGAUGAUUGGGAUUCAUUGAACGAAUCUAAAUAGUUGUCGCAAGGAAAAGACGAAGCUGACGAACGGAGAAAUAGCGCGGAAAAGAAAUGCGUUUUCUCCGUAAAAAAGAAAUAAAGAAAAAGUGAUAUGAAACCGACAAGAGGAAAUUUUCAAAAUCGAUGUCUUCUUUCUUUGCGUAUAUUAUUAUGCAUUUACUUCAGUAGUUUCUCUACUGUCGCCUUCCAGAGUAUAUAUAAUAUAUAUAU